GUGCCUGGACACAAACACUCAACCAUGAAAAUCGGCGCUUGCUUUCUCCUCGCCCUCUUGGGCUGCGCUAACGGCUACAAAAACUACUCAGGGUUCCAACUACUGCAAACAAAAGUCCUAACAAAUAAGGACGUGGACUCGAUUUCUCCGUUGAUAGAUUUUGCCGAAUUAGAUUUUUGGAUUCAGCCCCGCGUUGGGCGCUCAGCGGAAAUUUUGAUUGCACCUGAACACGCUGCAUACUUCAAGGGACUUUUGAAUUCACUCGGAUUGGAACCAAGAGUCAUCGUCGAUGACAUAUCCGUACAUGUGGAGCGCGAGAGGAACGAAAUCGAGCACUUGCGGUUGUUGGAAAAACGCGGCGGACGAGCCCCGGCGCUGGACAGAUUCCUGAACUUUGAAGAAAUCAUGGCUUACGUUGACGAAGUGUCUGCCGCCUUUCCUGAAAUCGUGACCGUGAUCGAAAUUGGCUCGUCCUGGGAAGGUCGGCCCCUAAAGGUUGUAAAACUCUCCAACGGCCCCGGCAAGAACGGCAUCUUUUUCGACUCGGCCAUCCACGCCCGCGAGUGGAUCGGGCCCCCCACCGCCCUAUUCGCCAUAAACGAACUGACUGAGAACUUGGCCAACAAUCAGGCUUUACUCGACGCCAAUGACUGGUACUUCCUGCUGAUUGCGAACCCUGACGGUUAUCACCACUCGUGGGUGCAGGACAGAUUCUGGAGGAAAACCCGCAGGCCAAACAACCUCUGCGUCGGAACCGAUCCAAACAGGAACUUUGACCAGCACUGGGCAGAGGGUGCCAAUUUGACGGAGUGGGAGUGCUCUGCGACCUACCCUGGCAGCGAGCCUUUCUCAGAGCCCGAGUGCAAGGCGAUUUCUGACUUUAUCUUGACCACUCCAAGCAUCACAAUGUACGUGGCUAUUCACAGCUAUGGAAAAUACAUUCUUUAUCCUUGGGGCCACACGAACGACCUGCCACCAAACGUGAACGAGCUGGAUGCAGUUGCCCAAGAAGCAAACGCAGCGAUCACUGCAGUAAAUGGAACUGUGUAUGAAAUCGGGACGACAGCUAACGUCUUAUACCACGCUUUCGGGACAAGCAACGACUGGGCUUACGAACAGGCCGGAAUCUCUUUGGCCUACACAAUUGAGCUACCGGGUGGAGGAUUGGGUGGUUUCAACCCACCAGCCUCAGAUAUUAGCCUGGUGAACGAUGAGUGUUGGGAAGCGUACAAGGUUUUCGCUGCAAACAUUCCCCUAUCCAGGAAAAACUUUUAGUUGAGCAAGUAAAAUUCACAUGGUUAUUUCAAAUUUAAAAUAAUAAAUGAGAUUUUCAAUUCGUUAAA